AUGUCUUCUACCUUAACCGUCACGGGCAUCCAGGGUCGCCAAAUCACAGUUCCGACGGGACUCUUUAUCCACAACGAAUUUGUUCCUCCUCUACCGGAUAUCAACAAGGCUGUGAAGUCCGCCAAGUCGGCCUUCAAAGAAUGGAGAUCAGUCCCCGGGCCAGUCAAGGGCCAGCUAUUGCUCAAACUCGCAGACUUGAUCGAGCAUGAUGCGGAAGAUCUGUCAUCACUUGAGGCCGUUGAUGCAGGCAUUCUGUAUACCGAUUCAAUCGGAACAAACAUCCCUCUCGCAAUCAGCUGUCUGCGAUAUCAUGCGGGCUGGGCGGGGAAGAUCGAUGGCAAGACACUUGACAUGGAAUGUAGCAUAGCGUAUACGCAUCGUGAGCCGUUGGGUGUCUGUGGCGCGAUUUUGCCUUGGAAUGGUCCGCUGUUGAUCACUACUUGGAAGCUAGCUCCUGCUCUGAUCACUGGUAACGUUUUGGUUAUGAAGACUUCCGAGCUAUCGCCACUGUAUGGCCAGCGGCUUGCUGAGCUGGUAAAGGAGGCCUGUAUUCCUCCUGGUGUUGUGAAUAUCCUUACGGGCGAGUGCGCCAGCGCCGGCCGAGCUCUGUCGGAACAUAUGGAUGUACGCAAGAUAGCCUUCACUGAUAGUGCUCUUUCAGGGCGCAAGAUCUUGCAAGCAGCAUCCCGAACAAAUCUAAAGAAGGUCAGUCUGGAACUUGGAGGCAAAGGGCCAUCUAUUGUGUUUGAUGACUGUAAUUUCGAAAACGCACUCUUCUGGACUCGCAUUGGAAUCACAUCCCACAAGGGGCAAAUGUAUGCGGCCGGGUCACGUAUUUAUGUUCAGGAUACCAUUUAUGACCGGCUUAUCGAGGCUUAUAAAAAGGCUGCUGCUGAUGCUCAGACUGUCGCUGGUAAUCCAUUGGAUGUUUCUACUACAAAGGGGCCAGUGGUUAGUGGUGCGCAGCAUGAGAAGAUCCUUGACGAAUGUAGUCAAGGAAAGGAAUCCGGAGCUAAGCUUCUGUUCGGUGGUGAGCGGAUUGGCGAUAAGGGAUAUUUCGUCCAAAACACUGCUUUUGUAGACGUUGGUGACGAUGCGACAAUCAUGCGAGAGGAGAUCUGCGGUCCCGUCGCGAGUAUUGCCAAGUUUAGUACCGAGGAGGAAGUCAUCUUCAAAGUCAAUGAUUCUCAUCACGGCCUCAGUGCUGCCAUCUUUACCAAUGAUGUUAGCCGCGCUCAUCGAGUGACUAGGGAAAUUGAGGCAGGCCAAGUGACUGUCAAUGCGUGGGGGAUACUGGCCGCUAAUGUUCCGUUUGGAAGAGUAAAGGAAAGUGGAUUUGGACGAGACAUGGGCGAAGAGGCUCUCGAUGUUUGGACUACUGUGAAGGCUGUCAAGUUCCACAUUCUUCCACGAUCAUGA